CAACUCAAAAGCCAUCCCGAUCUGACUCCGCCUUGCUCAGCUCCGCAAAGCUUUUUUCUCUUCAAUUUAGGACAUUUCAACAUGCGUGGUCUUAUCCCCCUCGUGCGCAGGGCAGCACUUAGAACGCCAGUGCUGGCCCGCACAUCGCCGUUUGUUGGCGCUACUGCUAUGGCCCGGGCGCCGAUUAGCAGCAAAUUCAGUCAGUCGAUUGUGGCCCGGCGGCUGCUUACUACCGAGCCGCCCAAGGGCACCACUGGGCAGACAACCGAGAAGAGCGACAAGCCCAAGGAGAGCUUGCUACCAGCGACUGGUCCGCUGUCGCCGAUCGGCAUCAGCCUGUUUCUGGCCACGGCGGCCGGUAUUGUCUACUAUUUCACGGUAACCAAGGAGCGCGUGCAGCAGGAGCGCAAACAGAAGCAGCACGGCGAGCAGCAGACAGUCGGCAAGCCGAACGUGGGCGGGCCAUUCUCCCUCACCAACCAGGAUGGCAACCCGCUGACAAACGCGGACCUGCAGGGCAAGUUUGCCUUGAUUUACUUUGGAUUCUGCCACUGCCCGGAUAUCUGUCCUGAUGAGCUGGACAAGAUCGGCGAGGCACUAGAGAUCCUGGACCGCAACCCGGCCACCAAGGAUACGAUCCAGCCGGUGUUUAUUACGUGCGACCCGCAGCGCGACUCGCCAGAGGCGAUCAAAAAGUACCUGACAGAGUUCCACCCCAAGUUCAUCGGCUUGACUGGAUCAGUCGACCAGGUGCGCAGCGCGUGCAAGGCGUUUAGGGUGUACUUUUCGAAGCCGCCAAAGGUCGAGGAGGGCCAGGACUACCUGGUGGACCACUCGAUCUUUUCGUACUUCAUGGACCCCGAUGGCCAGUUUAUCGAUGUGUACGGAAAGGACAAGUCGGCCUUGGGCAUGGCCAGCGAUAUCGAGCACCGGAUCACGCAGUUCCUGGGGACUGGCCGGACCGUCCAGAAGUGAUAAAUAUCCUAGUGAGUUUCUGGGCAAUAAAAGGGCUGAAA